UAUAACAUGUGAUGAUCAGAGCAGAGAGCAGACAGACGGGAAGACGGACACAGAGAGAUGCCCCACCUGGACAUGGAUCACCUGCUGCUGCUGCUGCUGCUGUGGAGCUCAGGACUCCAGGCUGAAGGAGAACUCACCUCAACAGAGUCUGUCAGGUUGGUGGAGGGAGCCAGUCGCUGUGCAGGAACACUGGAGCUGACGAAACAUGAUGGAGAAUGGAGACCAGUGAGGUACUUCUCUGACUGGACCCUGGAGACAGUAGGUGCUGCCUGCAGAGAGUUAGACUGUGGCUCUGCUGUUGCUGUAGUAUGGAGAGAAGAGUCCUCACACAGAUCUGUGUGGUGGAUCAGGUCUGACUGUGUUGAGUCUGGAUCUGCUUUGAGAGAGUGUGCAGAAUCAGGUUCUUCGUCCUCCUUCCUUGAUCUCACCUGCUCAGACCUGCUGCUUCCGCCCAACAUCUCUGUGUCCUCCUCCAUGGUCGGGGUCUCCGAGGAGGACCAGCAGCAGGGGUUCCAGGUGUUCUGGGGCUCCAACUUCACCAUCAGCUGCUCCAUCCAUCCACAGUACCCAGGAGGCUCCUUCCAGCUCAGCGUCACCUCCUCCGACUCAGCACACAACACCACCCAGCCAGCUGUCAAUCACUCUGCCCACUUCCUUUUUCCUGCUGCCGAGCCCUUCCACCAAGGAAACUACAGCUGUGUUUAUCAGCUCAAUGUUUUCUCUCAUAACUUCUCCUCUGAGAGCCGUGUGCUCUCACUCAGCAUCAUGGAACUGAGGCCUUUAAUCAUUAGAGCGACCGUCCUGCUGCUGUUUCUGCUGGUGGAGAACAUUGUUCUUUACUUCUACUGCAGGGCCAGCAGGGGGCAGCUGCCGUGCAGACAGAAGAAGAUUGAGCCAGAUUAUUAUGAUCUAGGUCCCUGCAGCGGAAGGAGGGCCGACUGAAGAGGAAGGAGCUCAGGGAGCAGAGUAGCACCUCCAAGGAGCUCAUGGAGGUUAAGCAUUUAUUCACCUUUUUAAUCCCCACUUGGAAUAAUUCCUGUGUAUUUACCCUUACAAAACUUCAAUUCAUUUUGAAUGGCACAUCCUGGGUAUUUGUGCUCAAAGUCUGGGGUCUCUUGGGCCCAUCUGUGAGUAAAUAUGAGUUUUUAAAAGUAAAUUUUACUAACAAGCAUUAUUCUUCCCAAAAGUCCGGACCCUGUUUUAGGGAACCAGUAAGGGUCCUUAGGAUGGACCCAGGACCACCAGACUUGGGUCACAUAUUCUACAGAACACCUUGAUUUGGAAAAGCUUCCAACUCAUUUUUAUAUUUUUUUUAUUUUCACUGAAACCCCCUCGUAUUCUCAAAAUGUGCAAAGAUCUUUGCCUUUCGCAAGCAUAAUUAAAUGGUAACUAUUGUUUCUUUCAACCUGGACCAUAUGUUCCUGUGUUUUUGUGUCUGAAUGACAUUGGUCAAGUAUCAACUCUGCUAACCACAAAACGGGUUUAAAAUAUUGCCAAAGAGAAAACAAUUUCCCUAGAAAGAAGCGGUAAAAAACUGUAGUUUCCCUUUAAGGUAUAACUAGGAAGGGUGGUGGAAAACCUUAAAAUAGGUACCGCACUCGACCCGGUGCUGUCAGACCAUUCUAGCAUCCACCCAGGCCAAACCUUCCCAUGCGGCCAUAUCUAUUUCUUUAGGUUUUCCAGCAAGUCAUAACUCAGAUAAAGAAAAGGGUCUUUUGAAUGUCAAGUUGAGUUUCACAGCCCUUCCAGAUGGUUCUCUCCUCUAGACUAAAGUUAUUUGCAUGUACUGGUGACGUGAUCUGAGUUACUACCAGGGUUUUGUCAAGUCACAAACACCACUU